AUUAGGAGUUGUGCAACAAGCUCCUCGCAGAGUUGACGCUUGUCAUUUUGCACCGGCGCAGAAUUUGCGGAAAGUUUUUUGCGGAGCGGUAUUUGAACGUUUCACGGGGCAGACCGGAGUAGAUGUGCCGUUGUGUCUUAAAGGGGAGGGGCUUCAGCGGGUUUUCAGUGAGGCUUUUUUUUCUUCUUCUUCUUUUUUUUGUCGGUAUCAUUGAGUGUAGCGGAGGACCGACAGACUGCAGACUGGCUCCCUCGCUCCUCUCCUCACUCGACUCAAGAGCUCUACUUUUGUCCCGUUAAGAUCCACAGGGCACGAUCAUGGAGGAAAUGGACUUUGAGCGGCGCCGGGAGCUGAGGAGGCAGAAGCGGGAGGAGAUGCGCCUGGAGGCCGAGCGGCUGGCGAGGAAUGAUGAUGAUGAAGAGGAGGCCGCCCGCGAGAGGAGGCGCCGGGCACGCCAGGACAGGAUGAAGGGCAAGGAGAGUGAGGAGCCCAGCGGACAACCAGACAGCAUGGUCAUGACCAACAGCCACAGUGUGACGGAGGCCGUGUCUGUGAGCAGCUCCUAUGGAGGAGGCGGAGCUGACGACGAGGACCAGGCCCUGCUGGAUCGCAUGGCCAAGCGCGAGGAGCGUCGGCUGCGGCGCAUGAAGGAGGCUCUGGAUCGGCAGAAGGAGCUGGACCCCGCCGCCGCGGACGCCGACGACGGCAUCGUCGUGGAGAAGAACAACGUCGAGGAGGAGAGGCCACCCUCCUGGCGUCGGGGUCGUUACCGCGGCGACGAGGAGAAGACGGAGGCGUACGGCUCAAGGAGAGAGGACGAGGAGGAGAAGAAGCGAGAGGAGCCGAGGGAGGAAGAAGAGGCUGCUCCCGAGGAUGGAGAGGAAGUAGAUGAGGGUGUUGACGAAGAGGAGGUGGUGGAGGACAAACCGAGAAUGUCUUACUUGAGAGAACAGGUGAAUGAGAGAGGCUGGGCCCGGGAGGAAGAGAGGAGGCAGAACGGAGGGCUGCACGAGGAGGAGGAGGAGGAGGCGACUCCCAAACAGCACAGGAAACCUGAGAGGACCCUCAGCAGCCGCGGCAGCGUGCGCUCCCCCGAGGCGUCCGCCGCCGACGACCAGGACGACGCCGCCCGCCUGGAGGCGGAGCUCAAGCUGGAGGAGCUGAAGCGCAGACGCGACGACGCCGAGAGCGAAGAGUUCGAGAGGAUGAGGCAGAAGCAGCAAGAGGCCGAGGCCGAGCUGGACGAGCUGAAGAAGAAGAGGGAGGAGAGGAAGAAGGUGCUGGAGGAGGAGGAGAGGCAGAAGAAGCAGGAGGAGGCGGAGAGAAAAGCCAGCGAGGAGGAGGAGAAGAGGAAGAUGAAGGAGGAGAUUGAAAGAAGGAGAGCAGAGGCAGCUGAGAAGAGACAGAAGGUGGAGGACACCAUGGACGAGGAGGGCAGUCCCUUCAAGUGCGUCAGCCCUCGAGGCUCGUCUAUGAAGAUCGGGGAGAGGGCGGAGUUCCUGAACAAGUCGGCACAGAAGGGCGCAGCGAAGGCGUCUCACUCCCCCUUGGUGUCCAAGAUAGACAACCGGCUGGAGCAGUACACCUCAGCUGCUCAGCAGAGAGAGAACAAGGAGUCUCGAUCCCCUCGCUCCGGAGCAGUGGACCUUCCCAUGGUCACCGACAGCAUUCGAAACAUCAAGAGCAUGUGGGAGAAAGGCAACGUGUUCGGCACACCUGGAAGCGGCGGCAGCCCGUUCAAGGAAGCAGCUGUGAUGAAGACAGGCGUGGCGGGUCGCAUUAACGACUGGCUGAAUAAAACCCCAGAGGGCGGCAAAACGCCAGGAGGAAGGCCAACGGACCUGAAGCCGGUUGACGUCACCAACAAGAGGAGUCUAUGGGAAAACAAAGGUGCCUCUCCAACCAAGGUGGCAGACAGAGGGGAGACCAAAGCAGUCGCCAACGGUAUGGGACACUAAUGUCUCCACGGAGCCACUAAAGCUGGGGGACCACGACAAUCCAAGACUUCUUCCUUUGACUUUGUCUUAAGAACCAAAUCACGAUCACACCCCCGAGAGGGAACCCAAGAAAACGGAGGGACAGGGGAGACGCUGUCCGAGCACUGUACCCAAAAAAAACCAGCAUCACACAUUUUGUUUGUACGAUUGCCACGUGUCGUGCCUUUUGCACAAUGAUUCCUGCUUUCUAAAAAAAAAAAAAAAAAACGAACUGCUGUGAAAUUUGGACAUUUUGUAAUUUCUAUUCCUAAUUACUUUAUACAAUCCUGCCAGGAAGAAAAAACAUCAUUACAUUUAGAUUUAUCUGUUGUGCUCCAUGUCGACGGUUUGGAUAGAGACCGCGGCGCUUAAAGUUUCCACAUUCCAAAGAGAUGGGUCAAAUCCGUUGUGUCCCUCGUACAGUACAUUGUCCAUCUCUUUUUCUUUUUUUUAAUUUAUAUUUAAAGCAAACGCUUCACACAUUGCUAUUUUAUUCAACGUUCACAGGUUCAGGAUAGAAAUAUAAGCACUUCUAGAAUUUAGCUGAUUUCACUUUUAUUAUUGUCUUACCAAUAGUGCAGCAAUGGUCUGAGUAAUAUAUGUUAGCACAUGUGAUGUUUGGAAUAUGACCUUUCAUACUGUAUCUUAUAUAACAUUUUUAUACUCAUUACAAAAGGUAUUUUUGCUUCUUCUUUUUUUUUAUCCAGAAAACUUUCCAACAACGCGCAGUUCAUUGUGGUGGCGAUAGGAGUGUUUUGAUAUUCAGAAAGCCAAUUAUGACAUUUUGUGUUAUUUUAUUUAUGUUAUAAUGUUUCUUUUUGUUGUUGUCCUUUUCUCUUUUCUAGCUGUUUCUGUAGCUUUUGUGCCUGUUUGAUCACUUUAAAAUCUUCAGACAUUCCUCUUAAGCCGUGGCGGGAGGGGAAACGGUGCCUUCGCUGUAGGUUUUACAAUAUAGGAAAACUGCAAACCAACCCUCUUUUUUUAGAAUCUACCUUUACUUCUACUAAUAACUAACUUCUUGAUGCCUCUAUGAACACUCUCUGGCUCAGCGAUCAUUUAAAGUCAAAUCAGGGCGCCGAAGCAUAGAUACUAGUACAACACAAGGAUAUUUACCACUAUGGAAGUCUUCUGGCCUUAUGAUUGCAACAAAAAACAAACAUUUAUGACAGCUGAGGUUCACGAUAGCCUCAAAGUAACUCGAUAUGAUAUUAAGACUUAUGAUUUUCUCGUUUAUUUUUCACUGAUGUGGUCUUACGUAGCACAUUCCCUUUGAUAGAAGCGUUGAUAAUAUUAUUGGUUUUCCAGGGCAUUAAAUUGAUCAAUGUUUCUGCUCAAAAGUCUGACAAUCACAUUCCGCGGCUCCUGAAAAGAGCGGGGGAGCUCGACCAAAAUAUUUUAAAAUGUGAUUUAAUGUGACAUUUAUGUGUUAUUUUUUAAUACAGUGGUUUCAUAGUGUUUUUGUUCCUUUUUUUUUUUUUUUACAACCUUUUGUCCAAUGUAUGUUUUUUAAAGUUCUUCCCAUGUUUAACCAGACACUUGUUUGUGUAGCGCGCUGCCUUCGCCAAACACACACUCUCUGUAGCCUCUCAACACUCCCGAUGUCACACGAGUCGGCCGAAUGUUUUAAACAUUGUACGCUUCACUCUACAACAGCAAUAAAGACAUUGAGGUAUUCCACAUUG